AUGGGCAACACAUUCUCCACUCACACGGGAGAUAGCCUCCGAGAUUGCAUCGAAGCACUCAGCAACGGCAGGACUAGAUUCGCCGGAUUUCCGGAUAGCCCGGUGUACCAGGCAGCCUGGGUCAAGCCGUACAACCUCGAGAUCCAAGUCACGCCGGCGGCCGUGGUGCGUCCGCAGACGGCCGAGGACGUAGCGGGCGUCGUGCAGUGCGCUGCGGCCUACGGCGUCAAGGUGCAGGCCAGGUCGGGGGGUCAUUCAUACGGCAACCACGGACUCGGCGGCGUGGACGGGGCGGUGUCGAUCGACCUGGUCAACUUCCAGCAGUUCAGCGUGGACAACACGACGUGGCUGGCCACGGUCGGCGCGGGAACGCACCUCAAGGACGUGGCGCACAAGCUGCAUGAUGCGGGCGGGCGGGCCAUUGCCAUGGGCGUGUCUCCGGGCAUUGGCAUCGGCGGGCAUGCCACGAUUGGAGGACUCGGCCCCAGCUCGCGCAUGUGGGGGUCCUGCUUGGAUCAUGUUGUCGAGGUGGAGGUCGUGACGGCCGACGGGAGGAUUGAGCGGGCGAGCGACGAGAGGAAUCCGGAUCUUUUUUGGGCGCUGAAGGGCGCCGCUUCUGGGUUCGGCAUCAUCACCGAAUUCGUGUUCCGGACGAAUCCUGAGCCAGCCACCAUUGUCCAGUACGACUACACGAUCGCAAUCGGCAGUCAGGCCACGAUGGCGAGCUCCUACUCGGCGUGGCAGGACCUAGUGGCGGACCCGGCUCUCGACCGGCGGUUCGCGUCGCUGUACACGAUGAUGCCCCUGGGCGCCCUCAUCACCGGCACCUUCCACGGCACCGAGGCCGAGUUCCGGGCCACGGGCAUUCCCGCCAGGCUCUCCCAGGCGAUGGGAUCGCAGCCUUCCAUCACCAUCUCGGACUGGCUCGGGUCCCUGACCCACGUCGCCGAGAAGCAGGCGCUGGCCCUGUCCGACAUCCCCAUCCACUUCCGCUCCAAGAGCCUCGCCUUCCGGCGGGAGGACCUGCCGACGCCGGACAGGGUGCGUGCCUUGUUCGAGUGGGUGGACGACCAGCACAUGGGCGCCGACCUCUGGUUCGUCAUCUUCGACGCGUCGGGCGGCGCCGUGGCAGACGUGGCCAUGAAUGCCACGGCCUUUGCCCACCGGGACAAGGUGCUGUACUACCAGUCUUACAUGGCGGGCCUGUACCUCGACCAGAGGGCCAAGACCUUCGUCGACCAACUCCAUGUUCAGAUCCUGGGCGCUUCUCCGGCCGCAGAGGGGACAUACCCGGGAUACGUGGAUCCUGCGCUGUCCGAUGCGCAGCGGCACUAUUGGGGCACCAACCUGCCGCAGCUGCAGGCGCUGAAACAGAUAUGGGAUGCGGAGGAUGUGUUUCAUAACCCACAGAGCGUCCGCGCAGUCUGGAGUGGAGGGCAUUGACCGAACAUUGGCGGCUACUAGUAGUUACUACUAGACUUAUCAUAUCUUUAUCAGAUAGGUAGAUGGUCGGAUGUGUUAGACAAGCUAGAACCGUGGCCCGUCUACAGGUAGCAAGUACCUAGUAACCUCCCCUUUUAAAUCUUUCUAGCCCAAAGAUCUAUUACCAUUCCGCUCU